UAGCGCGGCCCAUGGUCUGCGCGGCGUGGUCGGCGGGCGGCGCCUUCCUGGCCGCCGGCAGCGCCGACCACCACGUGCGGCUGUACGCCGUGCGCCGCGAGCCCGGCGGCCCGCGCCGGGUGCUGGAGACGGCGGUUCAUAAUGACGCGGUGGACAGCAUCGCCUGGGCGCACAGGGGGCUGCGGUUCGUCUCGGGCAGCAAAGACGGUACGGCUGCGUUGUGGACGCUACACGCCACUCAAUGGCGCCACGCGUUGUUGCUGCCGCAAUCCACCGCCGCCGACGGCAAGCGGCUCAAGGUGACGAUGGUUUGUUGGGACUGCAGCGAUGAGUACGUCAUCACGGCUGUUUCAGACAACACGAUACGAGUAAAUACAGUCAACAGACAGGCGGGUAAAGACGUGGGAUAG